UGUUUUCAAUACUUUGUUUUGGCGCGCAAGCACGGCACACAACACAAAAACAGAAAAGGAAGAAAACAUCAGAUCGAUAACAGUUAAAGUGUCUACGAAUUAUUAAAGUGCCAUGCCGGAGAACAUAAUCGCCGGCAUACCGGUGCAUUUUCCCUUCGAGCCAUACGAUGUGCAGCGCGCUUAUAUGGAAAAGGUGAUUAUUUGCCUGCGCGAUGGCACCAAUGGUGUCCUGGAAUCGCCCACCGGCACCGGCAAAACUCUAAGUCUGCUGUGCUCCACGCUCGGCUGGAUACGAACACGCCAAUCUGAGGUGCAGCUCAACAUGCAAAAAUUACAGCACGAUCAGCAAACACAAUUAACGGGUGCAGCUGGAGCUGGAGCUGCUAUGGGCAGUGAAAUUGCAGCUGUGAUUGGCAAGAGCAACAAUUGGGGUGUACCGAAGGUGAUAUAUGCAUCGCGUACCCACUCCCAGUUGACUCAGGCGAUGCGUGAACUAAAGCGCACCGCUUACGCGAAUAUGCGGGCCGUAGUGCUUGGCUCACGAGAUCAGCUAUGCAUCCAUCCGGAUGUGAUGCGUGAGCAGGGCAAUUCGAAUAAAGUGAACAUGUGCAAACUAAAGGUGCACGCCAAGAGCUGUACAUUUCAGUUGCGCGUUGAAUCCAAAAAGGAUCAUCCGGAUUUCCGUGGUCCCAGCAUCAUGGAUAUUGAGGAUCUGGUUAAGGUGGGUCAGCGGCUCAAGAUGUGCCCAUACUUUGCCUCCAAGGAGCUGGUGAACAGUGCGGACAUCACAUUCAUGCCAUACAAUUACCUGCUCGAUCCCAAGGCACGCAAAGCGAACAAAAUUGAGCUGAGCAACGCGAUCGUCAUUCUGGAUGAGGGGCACAACAUUGAGAAGAUUUGCGAGGAGUCCGCCUCGGUGCAGAUACGUUCCUCGGAUGUGGCCAUUGCCAUUGAAGAUGUUACCCACAUCAUGAAGAUCUUCACCAGCAGCAGCGAUUCACAGGACACUGCCGGACCCGAUGAACCCAAGGACUUCACAAUAGACGAUCUUACGUUGCUCAAGGAAAUGCUCCUUGAAUUGGAGAAGGCCAUCGAUGGUGUUAUUGUCGAUAAUAAAGCUGAUGGCGCCACCUAUCCAGCUUCCUACAUGUACGAGCUACUCGGCAAAGCAAAUUUCACGCACGGCAAUUGUGCGACAAUUGUAGCGCUGCUGGACAAAUUGGUGCAGUAUCUGAUGGUGGCAUCGCAGCAUUCGAUGCUGCGGAAAGGUGGCAGCUUUAUGGUGCUCGCUGAUCUGUUGAACAUUGUGUUUGCCAACAAGGGGGACAUCAUGUCCAAGGUGAGUUGCAGCUUCAAGGUGCACGCGGAGAUUGAGGAGAGCAAACAGUCGCAAACCAACAACAAGGCCCAAACUGGAUGGCUGGGCAAGGGCAACAACAAUGCGGCGAGCAGUGCCUCAAAGACGGGAAGAAUCAUUAAUUUUUGGUGUUUCAAUCCCGGCUUUGGCAUGGAACAGCUGCUCAAUACGCAUGUGCGCAGCGUAAUCCUCACCAGCGGCACAUUGGCACCACUUAAACCGCUCAUCGCCGAGCUGGCCAUUCCGGUGGCGCAGCAUUUAGAGAAUCCGCAUAUUGUCAAUGAGGCGCAAGUCUACGUCAAGAUCAUUGGCACCGGACCCGAUCGCGAACAGCUCAUAUCCAACUAUAAGAAUCGAGAUAAUCCCAAGUACAUUAGCUCGCUGGGCCAAACAAUUUUGAACGUGUCACGCAUCGUUCCAGAUGGCUUAUUGGUCUUCUUUCCAUCGUACCCAAUGCUGAAUCAGUGCGUGGACGCGUGGCAGGCUAGUGGACUGUGGGCGGAUAUAUCUAGUCGCAAGCCGAUAUUUCUGGAGCCGCGUGGUAAGGAUCAGUUUACGAGCACCAUGGAGGAGUUCUAUCAGGCGAUCAGGGACUCGAAGGGUGCCUGCUUUAUGGCCGUCUGUCGCGGCAAGGUGUCCGAGGGCUUGGACUUUGCCGAUCGCAAUGGUCGGGCGGUGAUUAUAACUGGUCUACCGUUUCCACCGCUCAAGGAUCCCAAGGUGAUACUGAAGCGUCGCUAUCUGGAAACGAAUCGCACCAGGGAGAAUCAGUUGCUGAGUGGCAAUGAAUGGUAUAAUCUGGAAGCAACACGGGCCGUCAAUCAGGCAAUCGGUCGAGUCAUUCGACAUCGCAACGACUAUGGCGCUAUAUUGCUGUGCGAUGCUCGCUUCCAGGAUGCGUCGCAGGUGCAGCAGCUGUCCAAAUGGAUACGCAACCAUUUGGGUGCACGACCACAAAGCUCACCCUUCGGUCCCAUUGUGCGCGAACUGCGACAGUUCUUUAAGCAUGCCGAGCAAACGAUUGUGCAACCGGUGGAGCGCGCUGUGGAGCCGGUUCUGCAUACCAUUUGCAGCAAGAAGGAGGAUCAGCUGACUCUGGCGCCCAUCACACAAAUUAAACGGGAACCGGGAAACACGGGAACCUCCAAAUUUCAGCUGGCCAGCGAGCUGGCCGCCAAAGUUGAAAUGGCCAACUCCAUAAAGACGUGGACGCCAGCGGAUUAUGCCAAUGCAGCUGGACGGAAUGCACAAAGUCCAAAAGCACCCAAUCCUAUGGACUUUAUGAGUCGGCUUAACUCCAAUGUUACGAGCAUCGACUUCAACGCGGACUCUGGCCGCGAUCUGGUGAAGAUACACAAGCGUGAGCGUAGCUCACCCACAUUCCACAACGAAUCCAUGGGCAGCAAGAAGCGAUAUCGGCUCAUCAAUAAUAGUGAUAUGAUCAAGAUCGAACCAAGCGCUCCAGCUGCCACCACCAGCAGCCGUAGCAGCAGCAGCAAUAAUUGUUCUGCAAUUUCAGUUGCGCAAUCGGAGCUGAAAGAGGCGCCCGAAUCGCGUGCAGAUUUCCUGCGUGAGGUGCGCAGCGUCAUCAAUAGCGAUCAGUUUCGAAGCUUUGGCAAAGCGCUGCUGGCCUAUAAAACCGGUGGCGAUGAUAGCUUUGAGACCCUAAUGCUUCUGCUGCUGGACGUGAUGGGUGCACCGAAAUUGCGUUACUUGUUGCAUGGCAUGCGGCGCUAUCUGAAGAACGAGCACAAGUCUGAGUUCGAUGUUCGCUUGGCCAGCUUGGAAGCUGCGCAAUUAUAAUAGUUAUAUGCUAAAAUUUCUCCAAUGCUUAGCCAAAAUCGAACGACUGUUAAUUGUAUUAUACAAAAUGUUAAACAUCUUA